AUGGUUAGUGCUUGUUAAUGUUGGUCAUGUGACCACUCACAGCGGCGUUUUCAAUUUUCAAAGCACAACAACACAGUUUGAAGGUACGGUCCUAUGUAGUGCAGUGCAGCGUGAUCCCACACGUUCAUUAUGCUGUCUGCGGUCUGUUUGUUCAAAAGAGCGACUAGAUUGACCAUACUUCUACUUUUAGACUACCCUAUUUGUUUGCAACCACUCUAACUGUAAGGGAUGACAAGCUGAUAAAGGGUAAACUCUAUCGGAAGGAAAAAUAAAAGUUACAGAAAGACAGAAACAAUGUUUCCAAGGACGCCAUUCCGCACCAGAGGUUGACAGAAUUUCAUAGGGACAAGGAGAAUGUGAAAUCCGCUGGUUUAACAGCGACGGGACCUGGAAGAACCAGAACCCCGAUGAAGGUGUUGGACUUCCCUGCGCCCCUUCUCACCCCGUCCAGGCAGCCCCUAGCCACAGUGAAUGGAACGGGGUCGGGGCUGAGGGGCCAGCAGCUCAGGUCGCUCAGUCUGAAGCCAUCCUUGCCCCGUAUAGAGGCUCUACGCUGCGAGGGGGGGGCAGGGAAGCUUGAUGGGAGAUGCACCCCUAGAGGGGGCAAAACACCCAAGAGAAACAAGAGACAGAAGUCCAAGAGCUGUGCUUCGACCCCCAGCAGCCUUCCCAGUGUGACAUGCAAGCCAAAGCCAGAUGACAGUGUAGUAGACUCCAUCACAUCUCAUCUCUUUGAUAGACUGGUACAAGCUGAACUUGGUCUGAUUGGCAGUAACACCACAGUGCAUCAGCCAAAGAUGUUGAGAAGAAAAUGUGGUUCCUCACAGCUCACAGAUCCUUCUGCAGUGGACACUGCAGUAGACGUCCAUGAUGCCCGGAACAUCGUUGAGACUUCUUUUGAUGAUGCUGUGUCGACCUUUGUGGAAGGAAUCAUCAGUAAUGCAGUUCAGACCCUUCAACAAGAGGCACAAAUACCUUCCAUCAGAAAUGAUGCCAAGACAACUUCGGACAUCCACAUCCAAACUCUGAAAUCACCCACAAGAUCAGAGCCAUCAGAUGAAGACGUAGAGUCGUACGUUGAUGCUGUUCUCUCUGUUCAGCUUCAGAUUGUCAGGAUGGAAUACGAGGAGAAACUGAACUCUUGCCUUGAUGUAUCACUGCAGUGUCCUCAGUCUCUUGAUGCCUCCAAGGAUAGUCUUCAAGACUGUUCAUCAUCAAGGUCCUUCAAUGAUGAUAAAAACAAGGGCUACGUUGAUGAAAAUAUUGAUGAUAGUCUGGUAGGAAGCCUUUCGUUUGAUGAUGAAACCCCAUCUAGAGUGAGUACCCAAGGGACCAGUCCGUGUACCCGUCUUCUUCUUGAUACCUUUGCUUCCUUGAGCGCUGGAGGAAGUCUGUUAGGGGUGUCGCCAGGCUACAUGCUCUUGCCGCCCAGGAGAGAGGUGGCCAAUCGUAGAGCAGGAGACGGCUUGAGCCACGCCUCUCGUGACAGCCAAGGUAGCUAUGAAGACGAGUUCCUUAAGUUUGUUCACAGUCAGUAUGACUCCAGGGAUACCACGGCAAGAACUGAUUCUCCUGUCAUGCAAGAUACUGCAGUGUGCACAACUCCUAGCAUGAAUGAUGUGCAAAGCAAUGCUUUUUCUCAUCAAGUCAAAGACACCCAGACAUGCAUGACUCCCUUGAGGCUCAUAGAAACAUCAACCGGUGUGACACCAGUAAAGGUUGCUAAUACAGAUACCUCUAUGACCCCAGUAAAGGUUGCUAAUACCGAUACCUCUAUGACCCCAGUGAAGAUCUCAGACAUAUCCACAGAAACCAACGCUGUUUCUCUGCAGGAGAGUGGCACAGGGACUGAAGUUGUCCAACUGCAGGAUGCCAUGAUUGGCUCACCUUUGAAGGUAGCUUCUGUAGGUGUAUCCAUGACUCCCAUCAAACCAAGCAACGCUCAAACAAACACCUCGCCGACCAAAGUCACAGACUCAUCCACGGACAUGGGCAUUGAGAUGACGGACUGCGGCUCGGAUGCAAGACAGCCGGAGGUCCGUGACGCAAUGGUGGGGACCCCGGUGAAACAGCGUGCCACUGGAGUCGGAACAUCCCCGGUCAGUGUCCAGGACACCUCUUCCUGGAUGACACCUGUCAAGAUGCAGAGCAUCGCUAUGGGGACUUCCCCAGCAGCCAAGGUGCAGGACUCUGGCACAGAGAUGCCAACAGUACACCUGAUGGAUACGGGAGUCGGGAUGUCACCCCUUCCCUCCAGGACAGAGAGAGCGGUUGGAACCUCGCCAAAGGCCACUUCAGACAGAGAAGUGGGUAGUACUCCAAUCAGCAUGACUCACAUGAACUGUGGAACGACACCACAUCAGUAUAUUGAUAGUAACACAGCGAUGACUCCCGUCUUUGUCUGCAGCACCCAGACGCUCACGUCACCUCCAGUUGUGCCGAGUCUUAGGUUUAGUACGAGUCCAAAUUCUGUUGAUCCUGCCAAGCUUGUGAGCCACGUCCAGACGGCAGCCAUCAGCAAUCAGCUGCUGAGGACUGAGAUACAGAUGCUGCGCUCUCAGAAGGCCGAAGCGGAUGAGAGGCUGACCGUUGCUAGGAGACAGGUCCAGGAGAACGAAGAGCAGGGGGUGAUGAAUGAAGAUAAGAUGAGACAGAUGAAGAGAAUGGGCAGGGCGUCGGCUGAUAAGGAGAUAGAUGAUUUGAUGUGUCAGGUGGGAGAGCAGAUGAUGCAGAUAGGUCAAAUGGAGGCUGCUCUAGGAGAGAAAACUCAGAUGCUAUCCAGUCUCAAGGAUGAUAAUGAGAAAAUGAAGAAGGAAUAUAAACAGCAGAUAGCUGACCUGCAAGAUGACCUCUGUAGAGCUUACAGGCAACAUCAACAACAGAUUUCUGAGUUGGAGGCUGAAUACAAGAAGGAGGACUAUGAGAGGCAUUAUACGAGGAGUCAGACGAGAGUAUGCGAGCUUGAGACACAGCUUGAUGCUUUCAUACAGCUACAGGGUACUGUGGAUAGAGCCAUUCAAGUGCAGAAUCAAUUUGAAGUCGCGCAGAGCACCUUCAGAGAUGUGGAAUCGCUAUUCCAGAUGACACUGCAGCAUCAUGGUGCAGUUACAGCUCAGAUGAAGACAUUGGAAGAGGGCAAGGCUAGCCUGGAGGAAGAGAAGGAAUCUUGGAGGCAGCAGGUGGAGGAUGGAGAGAGGAGGAUGAGAGAGAACGAUGAGAAGAUGGAGGAGAUGACGAAGAUGAAGGAGGAGGCAGAGGAGAGGAGAUGCGCGAUGGAGAACGACUUGACAGAAGCGACGGCUGGAAUGAGAGAUCUGCAAGGAACGCUGGAAGCAAAAGAAGCUGAUAUUACCAAUAAAGAAAAGGAGUUGCAAACACUUUCCAGCAAGUGCACUCAACUUGAUGAGAGGGAGGUAGCUCAUUUCUUGGAGCAGCAGAAUCAGGAGGCAGCCAUCUUGGUACAGGUAGAGCAGCAAAAGACGAUACAAACUGAGCUUGAUCAGACAAAGACAAACUUGCAAGAAACCAUCGAUCAGCUUCAUAAGCAAUGUCAGAGCGUUUCAACCGAGAAGCUCAUCCUUGGUAUCGAUCUGAAUUCCGCCAAGGCCAAACUCUACUCGGUGGAAGCAGAGCUUCAGGACACCAAGAGGACCAGUGAGGAACGCAGGACCAGGAUCUCAGAGAUGGAGCUUGAACUUGAGACCUGCAGGAACGCUGGAGCAGAGCUGAUACUCGUCAAGUCAAAACUGAAGACUCAAGUGAAACAGUUCCAGGAGAACAAGCAGUUCCUUGAAGAGGAGAGGACGGCUCUGGAGGAGUCUGCAGCGGAGGUGGAGAAUGAGCUCCGUAUCACUAGCAUGGAGCUGUCCAGGAGCAAGGCCUCCCUCACUCAGGCAGAGCUCUGCAGGAGACAGCUCCAGGAGUCUAUGUCUUCUCUCAGUGAGCAGGUAGAGUCUUUGCAGAGUGAGUUAGACCACACCAAGGCACAGGCACAUUGGAUGCUCUUCAAUCAAGGUUCUGAGAUCAACGAUGCCUCUGCAGCGCUGGCUGAACUCUGUCAAGGCAUCUCUUCCGCAGUGGCCAAAAUGUCAGAUCAGGCUAUUGUAAAGGUUGAAGAAGCAUCAUCAGGAGGUUUUGUCACAGAACAGCGAGGUCGUGGAUCGAACCAUCGCUCCAAGCACACCGAGUCUUCUGCAGCCUCUGCUAAACCAGGAUCUCUAGUGGUGUCUGUGCUCAGAGCCGUUGAUCACAUCGAAACCCCUGGUGAAGAAGCACCUAGUGUCAGUGAGACUGAGCUGGUCACUCCAGCACAGCAGAAUCACCAGGAAGACGGUGAUCCAAGGCUGACUAUCGGUCAGUCGUCCUCAAGUGCCUUCCAAGCGGUCAGACCAAGCACUCAGGAUGACCGUCGGGAAGGAGAAACACUGGUCAAGGAUGCUGCCGGAGAGAAGAAGUCAGUUGAGCCACUACCCGAUCAGAUCUUGAAGCUGAAGAGAUCGUUUGCAAAGAUGUUCACUGUGUUCAUAGAGAAUGAGGAGAAGUUGAGAGAAGAAGUGUCCAGACUUCAACAACAAAUCCAAGAGAAGGAUCAAAGCUCCAAGAAGACCAUACAGCGUUCUGAGAACCAGGUACGGCUGCUGAGGGACCAGCUUGAGGAGUCCCUGACGCAUCGUCACCAGCUCCAGCAGAGUCUAGCCGACGCUCAGAACCAGUCGUGUGAGCAGCUCCAGGCCAUAGACUACGCACAGCAGAGGAUCGAGAGCAUGGCCACCAACCUGGCUCGCUUCUCGGACCAGAAAUCAAAGAUAGAGGCUCUAGAGGAAGAGGUUGCGCGCCUUACAUCAUCGCUGCAGCUGGUUACCAGAGAGAAAGAGAUGGUGAUGAGUCAGUUUGAAGCCUUGGCCUCUCAGCCGAGACAAGCUGCUGCAUCUGCUACUGGGGAUGGAGAGAGCAUGGGCAAGCUGCUGAAAGAAAACCUUCACCUGAAGAAAGAGCUGGACAAGGGUCGCAUGAAGUUCUUCAAAAGGCAGGAAGAUUAUGAGCUGUUCCAGAGCAAGGCUGGAAAACAGAUGAAAGUUUUAGAGGGCAAUUGGAAGAAGGCUGAAGCAGAGAUCCACAGACUCGAUCAACUCUUUGACCAUUGCAGAAAGAUAAUGGAUAAGGUGCCAAGUCAAAUGUGCCGACAGGAUCCUAACCUCAACCUACUCCAUGAGAUGUUCGGCAGCCAAUAGGACGUGUUUUUUUUCCCUUCUCAUUUCUCUACGUAACUCAUUCUAAUUCUAUCCCUCUGCGCCUCAGAAUAGUUUACUAGAUCGAUGGCGCAUAACAAAUGCUGUAUUAUUAUUAUUAUCCUGUUAUACCCAGUAUUCUAGAUGCCCUUCAUAAUUACAAAUUGGAAGGGAAAUGUAUGUAAUAUGCAUUCGUUUAUGCACAAAUAUAGGUGCUCUACAUAUCAGUAUUUAUUUGUGAUAGCUAUUGGAUAGCAUUAACAAACUUAUAUCUCCAUGUGUUGUUAUUUAGUGAAAGGAUGAUUGUAUCUGUCGGGUGGAUUGAGUAUUUUAAUAUAAAAGCUACAUUCAACGCAGGAAUAAAAAUUCUGUAAAUUCAGUGAGGAGUUCACAGAAUGGUCGCUUUCAAUUUUUCAGGAGGGUAGAUGGGAAGAGAUUCAGGUUCAUGUUUUUGUGCUUGCAGAAUUCUGAGUAAUAUUUGACUUUGUCAUUAGAUCGAACUUGUAAAUAUGUUGACUAGUAUGUUUGUAUUUUCCUCCCACCAUUGAAAUAGUUUUUCAAUGGUUGUGUAUAUAGUGCAUAUUAUGUAGUUGAAUAUCAUAAUCAAGAAUCAAAGUGACUGUCACAGCCAGAAGGGCGCUAAAUCUGUGUUACUUAAAGUAUAGCAUUUAAGGCCUAUCUGGCUCCAAACAGACCAAAUAUUUGAUUGUUCAUCAAAUCUAGUAAUUGUUUACUUUAUUUGAGAAAGAAAUUGUUGUGUUGUGUCUUCUCUAUGUUGCUCUGAAAUGCACAUGUAAAUUUUACAUGGCUUGGACCAUUUUUUUUUGGCAGUGAGGAAUAAUGUUUCUCAUAUCUACUAGGUACCUUCUCCCCGCUCAGAGUUUGAUGUUCCCCUCCCAGCUAUUUCUUUCUUUAUCAUUAAUACCAAACUGAUAUCUACUUGGCUCGUGCUGUGUAUAAUCGUCCCAUGUAUUUGUAGGUUGAUCGUUAUUAGAUUUAUUGUAUGCCUUGUAUAGCUUUUGUAAGCUGAAGUAUUAUGACAUUGUUGUAAAUAAACGUUUAUAUGAAUCAUACAUUUUAGCGUACAGUAGAAUCGAAAAUAUUGUUGUCAGUUUAAUUGAAUGGUGUAUUUUGAAGUAUUACAAACCAACUGUCUUGUUAUUCAACUGAAGCGUAAUGUGCCCAUACAAUUUCCACAGACUCCGUCUGUACAUUCUAUAGUGGCAAGUAGCUGAUCUGAUCAGACAUUUGUCAACCUUCCCCAUAAGUAAAGGUGGUCAGUGGAGCAAGACGUACGUAGUCUCAAUGAAACAACUGUCGAAAUAAAAGACUGAACCUUUCAAUCUACCUGUGUCGCCUUCUCUGGCGACAUUUGCUUUGGGAUUGAUGUUAUUUUAAAUAUAGCAAUAGCUUUAGUGUUGGGAUAGGUCAUGGCUUGACUUAUAGGGUUAGGGUAAUUGGGUAUGGUGUUGUUUCCUGGGUUAAACAAAUAAUAAUUACAAUACACAUUGUAUGCAACGUUUCUGUAAGAUACAUUGUACAUGUGUGUAUAUAUAUGUAUAUAUAUAAAAAGCACAAUCAGCAUUUGCACAAAAGAUUAUUGCACGUUAUGAUACUCUUCUUGUUUCAAGAUGUUUUUCUUUAUGUACAUGUAUGUGUAUCAUGCUUGUAAAUAAAUAUAAUUUUGUACAGCUGA